UUCGAUUUGAUCUCGGAGCUUCAUUGUUUCUGUUCACUACUUCGUCUCAGACAUUCAGCUUGCACUUCCUGGAAAUUUAACUUCCCCGCCUAAUUUCCUGCGGGUAUCUUUGAUUUAAUCACUUCUUUCUUCUUCUUAUCAACCUUGCGGUAUCUCGUUCUCGCAGGCGACUGUUUCGCAAACGGUGCUUGUAAUUUGCAGUCUUGAAGGCCAACAUGGCGGAUUACAACUUUGGAGGCUCCGAAGAGGAGAAUGCGGAACUUAGGAAGCUAGAGGCUGAGCUGCUCGAUGAUCCGGAUAAUUUCGAGAGCUGGGAACGACUCGUUCGGGCUGCAGAGGCUCUGGAGGGAGGUGUCAACCGAAACUCCAACCCGCAAGCGAUUACUACGACGCGCAACGCCUACGACCGAUUCCUCGCCAAAUUUCCGCUAUUGUUUGGAUACUGGAAGAAAUAUGCCGACCUUGAAUUCUCUAUCACUGGAACUGAGGCGGCGGAUAUGGUGUACGAGCGAGGCAUUGCCAGCAUUUCUUCAUCCGUUGAUCUAUGGACCAACUACUGCACCUUCAAAGCGGAGACAUCCCACGACACAGACAUCAUCAGAGACACCGACGUUAUCAUGACGGGGCAAAAUGCGCAUGACGCAAAGCCCGUUGACAGCAGCUCCCUCAAAAUGGUUAUGCGUUACAGGCUCUUUGAGCGAGGAGCGAACUGUGUUGGAUUAGAUUUCCUGUCGCACCCGUUCUGGGACAAAUACAUCGAGUACGAGGAACGAGUCGAGGGCUUUGACAAGAUUUUUGGGAUCCUAAGCCGCGUCAUUGAGAUCCCGAUGCACCAGUAUGCUCGCUACUUUGAGCGCUACAGACAGCUUGCGCAAACGCGUCCUCUAGCGGAGCUGGCGCCCCAUGAUCUCUUGUCACAGUUCCGAGCCGAACUGGACGCCGCCGCAGGACAGGUUCCUCCUGGUGCAAAGGCCGAUGCCGAAGUCGAGCGCGACUUGCGUCUUCGUGUCGACAGCCACCAUCUCGAAAUUUUCUCAAAGACGCAGACCGAGACUACGAAGCGCUGGACGUACGAAUCGGAAAUCAAGCGCCCAUACUUCCAUGUCACUGAACUUGAUGAAGGCCAACUGGCCAACUGGAGAAAAUACCUCGACUUUGAAGAGGCUGAAGGUUCCUACUCGCGAACACAGUUCUUGUAUGAACGAUGCCUCGUGACAUGCGCUCAUUACGAUGAAUUCUGGCAGCGUUAUGCCAGAUGGAUGUCCGCCCAGCCUGGGAAAGAAGAGGAAGUACGCAACAUCUACCAGCGUGCAAGCUAUCUAUAUGUUCCAAUCGCCAACCCAGCAACCCGCCUACAGUAUGCCUACUUUGAAGAGAUGUCCGGGCGAGUGAGUGUGGCCAAGGAAAUACAUGAGGCUAUUCUCAUCAACAUCCCCAACCACGUCGAAACAAUUGUCUCGCUGGCUAAUGUAUGCCGUCGUCAUGGCGGGCUUGAUUCUGCCAUCGAAGUGUACAAGACCCAGUUGGAGUCUCCAGAAACCGAGAUAAGCACCAAGGCCGGUCUUGUGGCCGAAUGGGCUCGGUUAUUGUGGAAGAUCAAGGGCUCGGCCGAGGAGGCUCGCCAAGUUUUCCAGUCAAACCAGCAAUUCUACUGGGGUAGCCAACCGUUCUGGAGGAGCUACCUCACAUUUGAGCUGGACCAACCUACAAGCGCCGCAACAGAGGAAGCUCAAUAUGGGCGGAUAAAGCAAGUGGUUGAGGAUAUCCGAUCGAAGAGCGCACUCUCAACAGACGUUGCCAAGGAGCUCGUCCAGAUCUAUAUGGCGUACCUACUUGAACGCGGCACCCAGGAUGCCGCAAAGGAAUACAUGACACUUGACAGGGAAGUUCAUGGUCCUGCAUCUGUCUGUAAGGCGAAAACUGGAGGCACAGAGCCAACUCCUCAGGCCCUACCCCAGGACGCUACUCCCAUGACGCCUGCCGCUCCCGUCGUCCCCGUCGCCCCCGUUGCACCGGUCGCCGCUGUACCCCAAACCAACCCGUACAACUACUACCAGCAACAGAGUCCGGUCAACGGCGGGUUCCCGAACGCCCAGGCUUGA